AUGUCAGACGACUCCGAUCUGGUCACUAGUACUACUCAACUUCCCGCCGGUGUGCCUGCCGCUCCUGGCAUACCAUCCAGCAGCGUCUCAGAACCCCAACUCCCUGGCCACCUCGUCUCCACCAGGUUGCCAGAUUUCGAGAACCCCGUAAAGCUACUAUUCAUCCACACCGCCGGCAAAUGCAUCGAACUCCAUUACGGCAUAAUAUUCUCGUACAAUGAUCACCGACACGCUAUCGACGACUGUUUUGGCAAAUCACCGGAAUUCACCGUCCAAGAACAUGGCUGGUUCAGUGAUGAGAAAAUGUUUCAGCAGAUUGCCAAGAACCAUACCGCCCCGAACGGCCUGGAUCCUGAUGCUACUUUUAUUGGUUGGCGGGAUAGUCUCUUUGCGUUUCUGGACGCUCAUCACGGUGGUGUUGGGGGGCAGUGGACGAGGAUCACCUAA